AUGGGGGCUUCGCUGUUGAUUCCUCUUCUUCCCCCAUCUGAUUCUAGAUCUCCGUCGCUCCCUGUCGCUGUUGUCGGCUGGCUCGCGGCCGACGGAGGGAGGAAGGCGGGGUCGUCGGGAAGGGGAGAUGGGACAUCGGGGAGGGCUGGUGGUUGUUGGGGGCUGGGUGCAGGUGACAGCUGGGGGAGACGAGAGGGAUAG